AUGUUCAAGGCAAUAAAUAUGUUUGCUUUGUCCCUCCUGAACUACUACACUGGAUUGCUAAGACUUUUACCGGAUGAUUUUGAGGCAUUAGACUUGGACAUCCGCAAAAUAUUGGUCAAACAUAGGAUACAUUACCUAAACGCAUCCCCUGAAAGACUCUACCUUAAAAGAGACCAAUGUGGACGGGGACUAGCAUCAGCAACCUUUAGAUCUGAAAAGAUGUUGCUAACUUUUUGGGACACCUUGAGAAAAGGCAGUGAGACAUCCACACGUCGAGCAUUGAUUAUGCAAAUCGAAAAUGAAGACCUCACCCAUAUGUCACGCAUAGAGGGAUUUGUUAGACGCAAAUACGAAAACGUCAACAAUGGAGGACUACGUAUCGGAGAUGACAAUAUCAAUGAGAUGCAAAGGAGAAGUCUGUUCCACUCACUCUCACAAAAGAGAUGUCACCCUAUAUUCUUUAAACAACUGAAUGGAGACAACCUAAUUGAUAGGAAGGAAUCUGCACUUUGGCUAACACAUGGAAACAUCUCAGCCCGAGACGAAGCAGCCUACUGCGCUCUCCAAGACAGAAACAUCUUCAUGGGAAACUAUGAUAAAUGCAAACACUGCAAAGGAGCAACAGCUACUGUAGACCACCUGGCCACAUGCUGUGAACGUAAACUAGCCUUUGAUUACACCAGACGACACAACGAAGUUCUGAAAUGUGUAUCUCUCCACCUGUGCCGCAUGUUCAAUCUAAUAAAAAGAAAGAAAAUAAAAGGAUAUGUGAUGCAGGAGACAGUUACUGACGGUACAAAUGAACUUAGGAUCGAUACUGCUGUUAAGACGGACGCCAGGAUAACGAACAAUAGACCUGAUAUCCAACUCUACGACAGGAGAAAUAAAAGGAUAUUUAUAGUCGAAGUCGGAAUCACGUGUCCAACUAAGGUUUCAGAUACGGAAUCUCAUAAACAAAGGAAAUACGAUGUCCUUGCAAAAGAAUUAUGCGGCAUCCAUAAUAUGCCAGCAUGCACCGUUCCAAUAGUAUACUCUUGGGAUGGAUUGGUCACAAAAUACCACGCAAAGCACCUAGAGAAAAUCGCGGUGCCCAUAAAAAUCAGAGCCUACAUGCAGACUAGAGUACUACGUACCACCUUAGAUUCGGUAACUCAUGAUCGAAGAAGAGGAGUUGAAGAAAGAGAACCAGAAGAAAAGCUGGAAGACAUCUUCGAAAGGUUCCUCGGAAACCUCGACAAAGAGGAAAAACCUCUUGAAGAGGAAGAAGUGGAAAACGAACUCGAAUUCUCUCGCGACCGAGUAAUAAGGAUCAGGAAGAAAAUAAAACGUAGAAGAACCGCUGCUUCUAGAAGGUCUGAAGGCCCCCAAAACCUACGGAAAAUCCGUAGGAGUCAAGAAGGGUAG